AUGGACGGGAGAGAUGAGAGGAGGUGGAGGGAAAAGUUGCCGGGGGAGACAGUGAGGAUCGCGAAGUCAGCGUGGGUGUGGAACGACGGGAGGUCUUGCAGCCACAGGACAGUCUUUACCCAGGAGAGACCCAGAGAUCGCGAGCCAAGUCCAGGCAGAGACAUAUGCUGGGGCAAGGAGAGGAUUAUUUACGAGAGGGGGUUCGGCGGCGAAGAGCGAGUCAAAUGGGAGGACAGGUCUGGUAGAGAGAGACAGGACUGGAGUGAGGAGCGACUACCCUGGGAAGACACAACCGGAGGCGAGGAGAGACCCCGAGGAGUAGAGAGACCCCACGACCAGGAAAGGUUCCCCAAGGAGAAGGCUGGCGCCGAGAGGCAGGCUGGUGCUGAGGAGAAAGCAGGGCGGCAGAAGGGCUUUAAAGAGAAGGAGUGCGACGAGCAGGGGGGUCGAGUUGCCCAGGACCCAGGGAGAGGAACUAGCCAGGAUCAGGGCCUUGGCCAGGAAAGGAGGAGGAGCGAGGAUCCAAUCUACAGCAAAACUUGGCGCUUGAGCCCGGGCCAAGGGCGUGGCCCAGAGAGUAGACAGAGCGAGGAUCCGAACUACUACAACACCACUCGGGGCCCGAGGCAGGAUCAGGGGCGUGGCCCAGAGAGAAGACAGAGCGAGGAUUCGAACUACGACAACAUUCGUGGCCUGAAUCAGGACCAGGGACGUCGCCAAGAGAGAAGACAGAGCGAGGAUCUGCUCUACCGCAACACUUCAAACUUGAGCCAGAACCAGGGACGUGGCCAGGAGAGAAAGUGGAGCGAGGAUCUGAAUUCCAAAAAGAGCCAGAGCUUGGGCCAAGGCAAAGGGCCUAGCGAGUACGGAGGUGUGGGCGAGGACUCGCCAAAGGACGAGAAGACUGGAAGCGGGUUCUUGAGCAGGGCGGCAGCGAAGAGAAAGGGGCGUGGCGAAGAGCAGUGUUCUAGCUACGUGGUGUCCUGGCCAGCCAUGUCCCCUGUCAGCCCUGUGUGGCCGAGAAAACCAAACCUAUGGGCAUUCUGGGUACUGCGGCUGGUGCUAUUGCUGUCGUUGAAGACGUGGGCGGAAGAUUUUUUAGAGCGUUGUACCUGGCUUGUGGUCCUGAACAAGUUCGAGAAGGUAGGCUUGCAUCUCUCCAAGGAUCGAUUUCACGAUCAAGAGCCCAUCGAUACAGUGUCCAAGGUGUUCCAAAAGUUGACAGACUCACCAAUCGAUCCAGGAGAGAAAUAUUACAGCUUUCCUUACUACCUGCAAAUCAACUUUUCCUGUCCGGGACAGAAUAGCGAGUUGCUGGCCCGAAAGGGCCACCUGAUGGGAAUGAAGCCCCUAGUCCUGAUCAACUACAUACACUCAGUCAAUUUCUACCAAUGGAAAAUGGAAAAUCUGCAGAUUCUGAUGGAAGCUGCUCCAAUGCGCAGCGCAGGGUACUGCCCGGCAGAGGCCGUGUGCGUCCUGAACUGGUACACACCCAUGCCCUUGAAAAAUGGCUCCGUGGUCGCCUCAGUGGACAUCUAUACCAAUGGCAUCGGACCCUUCAUUCCCAAGAAAAGGUUCUAUGUGAACAUGAAUGGCUUCUUGAAGAGAGACGCAAGCGGUAAAGUGGUCUUCAGCAUAGGAUAUGAGAGCCUUGUUCUGGAGUCAUCUUACUUUAGGUCUUCGGGAUCAAGGCCUCUGUGGUACACUGUGAACCAUGCACCCGUGUUCAUCCUUGGGGGCUUCAAUAAUGAAAAGGCCAUCCUGCUUUCAGACUCUAGUUUCCAGGACUUUGUUUUCUUGGAGCUAAGCAUUGACAGUUGCUGGGUUGGCUCUUUCUACUGUCCCAUUCUUGGCUUCUCAGCCACUAUCCAUGACGCCAUUGCCACCGAGAGCACGCUCUUCAUUCGACAGAACCAGCUGGUCUACUACUUCACAGGCACCUACAGCACGCUCUUCGACAAAAGCCACGGCAGCAGCAGCUGGGUUCGCGUCCUGCCUAGCGAGUGCAUCAAGAAACUGUGUCCGGUAUUUGUUCCUGGCAAUGGUUCUGAGUACGUCCUAGCCCUCACCACUGGCAAGAAUGAGGGUUAUAUUCACAUCGGGACCAUCACAGAUGGCCUUGUGUCCUUCAAGAUGGUGCCAGAAGGCUGGUCAGUGUGUCAAAAGUUACCAGGUAAAAACUGUACCAUCGACUGGGCUGCAUACAUUGCCGAUGAGAGAAACCUGCUGCUGUUAGUGAAAAUUGACACUGGGCAAUUUUACCUAGUCAACUUUAAUACAGAGUUCAAGACUCUGAAGAUCCUCUAUGAAAUACCAAGGUUUAUCCCUGAAGCUCAGCAACUGGACUUCCUGGUGCUCCUUGGUACAGAGACCUAUACCACCACUCCUAUGAUACCCAAGGGCUUAUUCUUCAACACACUGAACAACAUGUUGUACAUCUGGGGCAACUUCAUCCUGCAAAGCUACAAUAGGGAACACUUCAUUUUUCUGGCGGACUUCCCCAAGGAGUCCACCAUCAAAUACAUGGUCAACUCUUACACCGGACACAUGGCUGUUGUCACAGAAAAUGAAGAGGUCUGGUACUUUCUGGAGGGUGGCUAUGAUGUAUACAAAUUGAUCCCAUCCCAAGGCUGGACCACCUACCUUAACCUGCAGAAGAUGCAAAAGUCUUCUGAGUAUGCGGAUGCUGAGUCCUUGGUCUCCCUCUUCUAUGAGGACGGGAAGUUCUAUGAGCUGGUCUAUCUUUUUGAUGUCGGGCAAGAACGUUUGGUCAAGAGGGUCCUGCCUGUCGCCACGGUGAUGGAGUAUGAGAUGCCCAAACCCUUCUCAGUGAUUAACCAAGGGCAACUCAGGUUGAUCUCCUUCACCCACGUGUGCCCGUUCAAGGACGUUCAUGUGGUAGAUGUGCCCAAAAGGCAGCACAUGACACGCAAGGAGAGCUACCUCGCUCUGCCACCGCUGGUCUCUGAACCCCUGGGAUUACACAACAAUGAGACGCUGGCUGUCUAUCAAGGCCUUGUCUAUUACCUGCUGUGGCUGCACGCCAAGUAUGAUAAGCCCUAUGCCGACCCAGUGCACGAUCCCACCUGGCGCUGGUGGCAACACAAGAUGAAGUACAGGGAUUACUUCUUUUACCUGUUCAGCAACCGGCUGGCAGCAGAAGGCAUGUACAUCGACAUGAACUCCUACCAAAAGAUCUACAACAUAACAGGCGACUACGACCUACCCGAAUUUAUCUUCCUUGACAAGGGCAACGGGUUUGGCUUCACUGCAAUCUUAUUGUCGCAUGAGGACACCUUCACAAGCUCUGAUAGCCAAGGAGCCACUAUUGAUGUAGAGAAGAAGCUGGCAGUGGCUUUGAUGCUGGCAGAUCCCGAGUGCCUCUCAGGGAUUGUGACCCAGGAGCUCCUUCUCAAUCGCAACACAGUGAUCAACAAGAUUAAAAUCACAGACAGAGAGAGAUGCUCUGAGCAGGGCAGGGUCGGGCAUAACAUCAAGAAGACCUCCGUCAUGAUCAAGGUCUUGGGCAGUCCUGGGAGAUGCUCACGAGCCACAUACCUUGGGGCAGAAAUGCUAGGUUUCCGGCUGAUACCAGUAUACAUUGGCUGUCCGCCCGGCAAGCGCUUGGCCUUUGACGUUUCCUACACGAUCACGCAUUCCGAGCAGAUAAACAAGCACUAUUUCGACUGUGUGACUAAGGAAGAGGAGAUGCCGUGUUUCCUCUUCCGUGACUUAUUCCAGCCUUUCUUCUUAGUCCAAGACAUGGUGACGGGAGACUCUGGCAGUUUCUUGGGCAGUUACGUGCUUAAGGUGGUGGGCGGUGGCCGCACGAAGGACACCAUCAGAGACUACACGGAAGAAGAGAUCUUCCGUUACAACAGCCCGCUGGACACGACAAAUAGCCUCAUCUGGAAAACAAAUGUUGAAAGGACAACUGAAGACAAAAAGUUCUACAUAAUGUCCCACCUGAGCCCUGGGAUUGAGUGGCUGUGUUUGGAGAACUUCCCUUGCUACGACAUCACCCCCGAAAGCAUCUUUCCACCUGAGUUCUUCCUCAAGUUGUUAGUGAGCAAUAGAGGUGUAGACAACAGCACAUACUGUGACUACCAGCUCACCUUUAUACUACACAUCCAUGGGCUUCCGCUCAGUAGCAAACGCUCCUUCCACAUUGUUAUUGUGUCCUCCACCUUCUUUCUCAUCCUGGUUGUCAUCUACAUCCUGUUCUGCCUCCUGUGGCCUCACAUAGCGCAGGCCUGGGUCUCACUGCGCUGGAGGAUUAAAAACAUCAUGGCGUCAGAGUCCUACUAUACCUACGCCACCUCCACCGAGGGCUUCAGCAUCCAGUCUCACAGCUCAGAGGGAAGUUUAAAGGGUCCCUCCAGAGCAGGCUCCAAAGAGGACAACGUUCAAGCUAAGAAAGCGUAGGUGGCCUAGGUCUCUGGCCUGUACACUUCCUCAUAAACCCUUAGGCCUCCCGCAUGGGAACGCAGCCUGCCACCUACCCAGCAGCUUCUGGUUUGCUAGAAUGUUCAUGUCUCAUUCGGACCCUAAUAAAGCCUCGUUUCAGAAUCAGU